AUGGGCUCCUGCUUCUCCUUCAUUUCCUCCCGCUUCACCACCUCGGACAAAGCUGCUACAGAUAAACACGUCCCCAAAACGCCCGCCACCGACGCUGCCAACAACAUGUCGGUCCUCCGCCCCCUCGUUCGCAAUGCCAGAACGAAGAACUUCUUCUCUGCUUAUGCACGAGCGGCGAACCGCUAUGGUUUCCAAUCCACGCAAUUCGCGCCGUUCAAGAAACACGAGAACAAGGUCGUGCAUAUCAAGGCGUCGGGGGAGAGCGGCGAUGUUCCUGCGGCGAGUGUUGAGAAUGUACAGAGUGCUGCGGAAUACGUCGUCCCUGUCAAGAUUGGCACGCCCGGCAUUACGCUGAACCUGGACUUUGAUACGGGGUCGAGCGACUUAUGGGUGUGGAGCUCUGAACUCACCCGUGUAUCCAAGACGGGCCACAACAUUUAUAACCCGUCUAAAUCGAAGACAGCGACGGAGCAGAAGGGCUCCAAAUGGAACAUCUCGUAUGGGGACGGCUCGUCGGCCUCGGGCAAUGUAUACCUCGACACGGUGACUAUCGGCGGCGUCGCGAUCCCGAAGCAGGCCGUUGAGCUCGCGCAGAAACUGAGUGCGCAAUUCGCACAAGGGGAAGGCAGCGACGGCCUGCUCGGACUUGCGUGGCCUGCAAUCAACACUGUCGCGCCGAAGCCUGUGAAGACACCUGUGCAAAAUAUGAUCGACCAAGGUCUUAUUACGCAGCCGCUCUUCACUGUCAAGCUCGACCGAGGGGACAACGCUGGCUUCUAUAGCUUCGGAGAGAUUGACGAGACGGUGACGUCAAACCCGAUAACAUACACGGACGUCGAUAGCUCGCAAGGUUUCUGGAUGGUUCCGUCCACAUCGUUUACGCUCAAUGGCAAGACGAUCCAGCGGGAAGGUAACACCGCCAUUCUCGACACCGGCACUACCCUGGCACUCGUCGACGACGACACGGUCUCCGCCAUCUAUGGCAAGAUCAAGGGCGCCAAGUUCGACCAGAACCAAGGCGGGUGGAUGUACCCCUCGACAUCCACCGUGCCCGAUAUCCAGUUUGCUAUCGGGGACACAUUGUACACACUAAAUGCGGCAGACUUCCCAUUCGGUGACGCGGACGACGGCUUUGUAUUUGGCGGCGUGCAGUCGCGCGGGUCGAAUCCAUUUGACAUAUUGGGUGACAUAUUCCUUAAGAGCGUAUAUGUGGUAUUCAACCAAGGCGAAUCGACGGUAGGCCUUGCACAGCGGGAUGAUUGA